UUUAGCAGCAUCAUCAUCAUCCAGGAUUCACAAGGGUCCACGCCUUGGCCACAGAUGAUCUUCACAUUCCCAGAGGAUGAUGAAUGUUGUGGUUUGUCACAUAUUGCAACACACUGUACAGUUGCAGCAGCAGCAGCAGCUGGAGUGAGAGAGAGAGAGAUAGAGAUAGAGUAGGAACAAGAGCAAGAAGAUGAGCUGCUGCUGCUGCAGCAGCAUGUCAUGGUCCUGGUGGUGAUGGUGGUGCUGCAGUGGGUUAGUUGGGGGUGGUAAAAUGUUAUGAAAUAUAGAGCAGAGCAGACUAGACCAGAUGAGACCAGGGAAAGGGGGAAGGGAAGGGGAAGGGAAAAAGAGUGUGUGUCUGAUGCUGCGGUGACCAGGGGGAGGUCGGCGGUGCGCUAGAGCAGCAGACCAGCUGCAUCUUCCCUUCCCUUCCCCUUCCACCCCCUUUUUCUCUUUAUUUUAUUCUAGAUGCUUGCUGCUCCUCCUUGUGGUGCGUGCCACCUGCCUGGCCACUCGCCCACCCUCCUCCUGCUGCUACUGCAACGCCGUUUUCGAGACCAUGGCACUGCCCGUGUAGCACCCCCCAUGGUAGCACAGCCAUUCGAGAGAGGGAAGGAGGGAGAGAGUGAGUGAGUGAGUGAGUGAGUCCGUCAAUGCUAGAUGAUGGUGCUCACUUAACCCACCCCACCCAACUACUCUGGAUCACUUAAUUCCAGGGGUCGAUUGCGCGAGUGUGCAGGAAAGACCAGCAACUACCUCGCACAGACAAGCCCAGGCUUCUCGCUAUGUUGGUUGAUUGGCUGGUCAUCUCAAUGAACCAGAAUCAGUGAAGGAUUGCGUAUCGUCUCCCAUUGCAGUGGCCCUGUUGGCCAAUUUAGCUGUCGGUAAUGCGGGUGUUGAUACUCUGCUAGCUAGCCCGCAGUUGCUGAUGCUGUGAAAGAGCCCGUGGUGUGCUUGAAUCCACGGUGUGGGGAGAUCAGGAGUGAGCUGCAGCGACCCUUCAUCGUUGUGUUGUUUUAUUUUGUGUUCAUUCCGAAUUGAGAGUAGGCGGUUUGAUUGUGGAACUCUCGUAGCUUCCAGUUCCACCCGCCUCCGGGACUACGGUCGUUGUAGCUAUCAGCUACAACUGUUCAAGAUGCGGAUGCAUCCACAACGUGGAUUGAAGGCCGUCAGGGUGCACCCAUUUCUCACUGUUAGAAUUCUUAAGGCUGUACUUACAUUCCCUGUCUGUGAACAAAUGCGGGAACUGCUAUAGGCUUAGCUUAGUGAGGCUAACUGUAAGAUGCUCUCUUGAGGAUUACUGCGCAGCUAACCAGUUUAGUUUAAUCUCGUCAAUCUCUACAACGACGCUUCUUCAUAGUCACUUUGACAUUCCCUUCAGCUAGGCAGGACACUGACUGCGUCACCGGCCUGCGAAUUCACUUGAGCAGUGACUGGACCAAGGUCGAAAUUUGUCGAAAACGGUGCCAGUGGGAGAUGUGAGAGAUCAAGUUGGACAGGCAACGGAGGAAGGCUUGAGUAGUACAACAUGACCCCAGCCAUGGUAGAUUUCUGGAUGGGGAGCUUAGCCAUUUUGAUUCUACUUCCUACUUCAGCGUUUGCUCGAGUUGGCCCUGCUGGAGUGACUGAUCCUCCGGUAGAAACAAUCUCAUAUCUGGAGCGGACAUUGGCAUCUCCCUCCGCUGACGUUGAGAAGACAUCUCGAGGCAUCGAAGUUCCGAGUCUAGAUCGAAGAGGAGCACCUCGACAGGAAGAGGACACGAUUUUUGGUCAUUUCCAGAUUAAAGAGUUUGGUGGUGGAAUCAGCAGGAGGAGAGGGCUGGUGGGCUCAUCUCCACCAACUUGCCGAUUCCAGUGCGGAACGUGCACGCCCUGCAAGCCAGUGCACGUAGCCAUUGGCAGUCCGCACAGCAUGAUAUCACAGACUGAGUACUACCCGGAGGUAUGGCGAUGUCAGUGCGGCGACCGAUACUACAUCCCAUAACCAUGUAUAAAUAUAUAUAUAUAUAUAUAUAUAUAUCACAUCCUCUACUAGUUAUCCUCAGACUGAAGGCUCUUCGUCUAGAGUUCAUUAUCCAUUACAACAAAUGUAAGCUUUGCGAGGUUACGCAAUGUGUUUAUAACCCAAUUAACAGGUAAUUUCUUCUUCAGAUCGUUAAAAUUGGAGUAAAUUAGAGCUGAUUUCACACGGUUGGAAACUCAAAAUGGGUGGUAGUGAGGAUUUGGCGACCAGGAAACUUCACGGUGGAGAUAGAAGCUUCCUUUCAGCGUUGAGUGGUGAAAAUAGUGCAGUAAGUAGCAAAAAAACAAAAACAAAACAAUAUCCAAUGCAGGUGCUUGUUAGUGAAGCGGCAUUAAGCUGCCCUUUUUUUGCCCGGGACAAAGAGUCCCACAUUUCAUGUCAAACUUGGUCUGAAUAAAUCAGCUACCAUGACUUCUGUUAACUUGAAA